UCCUGGUGUCAGUGGCUGGAGGGUCUCCGGGUGGCAGGGGCCUUCCUCGGGGCCAGGGUGAGCCCUGGGCACCCACACCUGGAUGGCCCAGGAGGCUGCAGCCGCACCACCACCCCGGACCUUCGAACCAGGGUGGGCAGACUGCACGUCCCAGGCACACGGGCCUGGGCUGCGGGGUGCCGGGGCACUGCACCCCGCGGGCCGCCCGCCCAGGCAGCGAGCCCUGCAGGCGUGCGAGGAGCGGCCAUCGGGGGCCUGCUCGGCCGGGCCCCGCCAGCAGCUCUGCAGCCUCCCCCGCAGGGGUGUACUCUCCCCCGCCCCCUUUCUCCGAACUCCCUUCACCAGCUCCCCAGGCCCGGACACCCCCAGAUGGGCGCAGGUGUCCUGGGAACUCGGGCUGUCACGCCCCCCGGAGGAGGGCCCGGUGCCCCUGGGGUUUUGGGCUCAGGGUGGUGUCUGGCCAGUCAGAGGUCAGGGGCGGCGCUGCAGCGACUCGGGCUCAGGGGACGCGUGGGGAGCGGCCCUGCGGCUGCUGGCUCAGAGCCGCACCCGGCAGCCGCCCGCGGGGCUGCACCCCAGCCCGGGACCCCGUGUGGCCGCGUGGUCCCCUCGCUGGCUGCUGGCCCUGCUCACGCCGCCCUGCUCCCCCCAGUUGGCCGGAGGCGUGAUCCUGGGCGUGGCCCUGUGGCUGCGCCAUGACCCGAAGACCACCAACCUGCUGUACCUGGAGCUGGGGGACCGGCCCGCACCCAGCACCUUCUACGUAGGCAUCUACAUCCUCAUCGCCGUGGGCGCCGUGAUGAUGUUCGUGGGCUUCCUGGGCUGCUACGGCGCCAUCCAGGAGUCCCAGUGCCUGCUGGCCACGUUCUUUGCCUGCCUGGUCAUCCUCUUUGCCUGCGAGGUGGCUGCUGGCAUCUGGGGCUUUGUCAACAAGGACCAGGUGAGCCCGGCCUCGGCUGUCCGGCCCUCAAUCCCGAAUUCCUUUGGUACGACAGAACCUCUUCGAGGGGCGGAGAGGAAGCCUGAGCGCAUGCGCGAGGACUGCAUUUCCCGUCAGGCCGUGGGAGCGGAGGCCUAG